AUGGCUGCCCAGAAGGAGAUCAAGAACGUCACUGUCUUCGGUGCCGGUCUGAUGGGCGCUGGCAUUGCGCAGGUUCUGGCUCACGUUGGCCAGUACAACGUGACACUGGCGGAUGUGACCGACAAGGCUUUGACGAAUGGCCAGAACAUCAUCUCCAAGUCGCUCUCCCGCAUCGCCAAGAAGAAGAUGACUGACAAGUCGGCGGAGGAGCAGGAGGCCUUUGUAAAGGGCGUGGUCGACUCGAUCACGGUGACCACGGACGCCUCGAAGGCCGUGGAGUCGACUGACCUGGUAAUUGAGGCCAUCAUUGAGAACAUGAAGAUCAAGCAGGACCUGUUCGCCUUCCUGGAGAGCAAGGCGCCCGCGGAGGCGAUCUUCGCAAGCAACACCUCGUCGCUGAGUAUCACUGACGUGGCGAAGGCGACGAAGCGCCAGCAGCAGUUUGGCGGUUUCCACGCGUUCAACCCUGUGCCGCAGAUGAAGCUGAUUGAGAUUGUGCGCACGGAGCAGACCAACGACGAGACCCACGCCGCGCUCGUCGAGGUGGCCAAGCGCAUGGGCAAGGUGCCUGUGACGUGCAUUGACUCGCCCGGUUUCAUCGUGAACCGCCUGCUGGUGCCCUACCAGCUCGAGGCGAUCCGUCUUGUGGAGCGGGGUGUGGCUUCGCCCGAGGACGUCGACACGGCCAUGAAGCUGGGUGCCGGCUACCCCAUGGGUCCCUUUGAGCUUGCUGACCUGGUCGGCCUCGACACAAUGGAGCACAUCGCCAAGGGCUGGCGCGAGACCUGCGCCGGCUCGGAGCACCUGCCCGCCGACCUGGUGACCGAGUCGCCGAUGCUCACCAAGCUGAUCCAGGAGGGCCGUCUGGGUCGCAAGACCCCUGAGAAGGGUGGCUUUUACCAGUACAAGUAA